AUGCAGAACGGAGUGGUCAUGAAGUUCUCGGAGCCGCCCGAGGCCCGUCAGCCGACCAAGCGCUACCGGUUCUACGUGUUCAAGGACGACCAGAACAUCGCGACGCUGCAUGUGCACCGCAAGAGCGCGUUCCUCAUCGGCCGCGACAAGGCCGUGGCCGACAUCCUGACGGAGCACCCGUCGUGCUCGAAGCAGCACGCCGUGCUGCAGUACCGAAUGUACCAGAAGGAGACGGAGGACGGACUGGGCUUCACGCAGGAGGUGCGGCCGUACAUCAUGGACCUUAACAGCACCAACUCGACGUUCCUCAACGGCCGCAAGAUCGAGGACUCGCGCUACAUUGAGCUGCGCGAGAAGGACGUGCUCAAGUUCGGCGAGAGCACGCGCGAGUACGUCCUGAUGAAUGCGACCUAG